CCACUCUUACUGUACAAGUCACAUCCAUCUCUCUGAGUUCUUCACACUUCUUCUAUCCUAAAACUUUUUGGAAGUAUAUCAUGUCAGAGAACUACGAAUCAAACAACAGUAGCGAGUGGACCGCCGAGGCCGCUAGCGCUGGCAACAGUGCCGGCCCCGCCAAGGACUUUGAGGGGCCGGCGGGAAUGGAUGUUGAUGGUGUUAUUGAAACCAACUAUCAUGAAGUUGUUACGAGCUUUGACGACAUGGACCUGCGAGAUGACCUCUUGCGAGGCAUCUACGCUUAUGGUUUUGAGAAGCCUUCUGCCAUCCAGCAGCGCGCCAUCCUCCCUUGUAUCAAGGGCUACGACUGCAUCGCUCAGGCCCAGUCAGGUACUGGCAAGACCGCCACCUUCAGCAUCAGCAUCUUGCAGCGCAUUGAUCCCAAGAGCCCCAACACCCAAGCCCUUAUCUUGGCCCCCACCAGGGAGCUGGCCCAACAGGUGAGCUUUCCUCCAGUACCCUCACAUUCCUCCAGUACCCUCACAUUCCUCCAGUACCCUCACAUUCCUCCAGUACCCUCACAUUCCUCCAGUACCCUCACAUUCCUCCAGUANAUUGUGGGCACCCCUGGCAGGGUGUACGACAUGAUCAACCGCCGCGUGCUGGACCCGAACUUCAUCAAGAUGUUCGUCCUCGACGAAUCUGAUGAGAUGUUGUCCAGGGGCUUCAAGGAUCAGAUCUAUGACAUCUUCAGGUACCUCCCGUCUGAGGUGCAGGUGGUGCUGCUGUCAGCCACCAUGCCCCAGGAGGUGCUGGAGGUCACCAAGAAGUUCAUGCGCGACCCCAAGACGAUCCUCGUCAAGAAGGAGGAACUUACGCUUGAAGGUAUCAAGCAGUUCUACGUGAACGUAGAGAAGGAGGACUGGAAGCUAGACACGCUCUGUGAUCUCUACGAGACGCUCACUAUCACUCAGGCCGUCAUCUUCUGCAACACGCGCAGGAAGGUCGACUGGCUCACUGAUAAGAUGCACCAGAAGGACUUCACUGUCUCCGCUAUGCACGGCGACAUGACGCAGAAGGAGCGAGAUGUCAUCAUGCGCGAGUUCCGCUCAGGCUCGUCACGUGUCCUCAUCACCACCGACCUCCUUGCCCGCGGCAUUGACGUGCAGCAGGUGUCGCUGGUCAUCAACUACGACCUACCGACCAACAGGGAGAACUACAUUCACCGCAUCGGGCGUGGCGGGCGCUUCGGUCGUAAGGGCGUGGCCAUCAACUUUGUCACGAACGACGACAAUCGCACGCUGGCCGACAUCGAGGAGCACUACCGCACCUCCAUCGAGCAGAUGCCGCUCAACGUGGCAGAUCUCAUCUAAGAUACCAUGUCUGGGACUUGCCACGUCGCCACAUGGGGGAAAUUGAAAGUUGUCUUCAAUUUACUUGCUUCCACAGGUUGCAAGGUACUAACCUCUAAUUGAUGUUUCAUGCGGCCAAGGCAUAAUGUUGUUCGCUUCUUACGUCCCAUAAAUUGAUUUGCUUAGUAUGUGUUUUUUAUUUAUUCGUUUCCAUUCAGUGCGAGUUAACAGUUUGUAUAUCGCCAAAAUGAAAUGAAAUGUAGGUGGAUUUUUCACUCAUUUCAAGAUUUUUGCCAUUGCUGUCUGACGCUGUACCGUGCGAGGUGGUCUGCGAAGUUAUAUUAAGUGAGCGGGUUGACGUGUUCUCAUGAACGUUUUAUUGGCGUCUCGAUUUCUCUUUCAGGCUUCGCGCCUAGCAAGUAAAUGUCUUAAUUAA